AACAUAAAAAGUAACCAGGAGAGGGUCGGUUUGACUCGAGCCAAAAAAAGUCUUCUUCUCCUCCUAGCUUCUUUCCAGCCUCCCUGAUUUCCAUCUUACAACCAUCUUUGCCGAUCAUCACUCUCAUCACCAUCACCAUCACCAAUCACCAAACAGCCACAAUAAAAGAUUAAAAAAAAAAAAAAAAAAAAAGGAGAGAGGUUUCCCUUUCUGGAACCGGUUCUGCACUUUCUCUCGGACCCCGUUCUUUGCUCGUCCGUUCCUCAUGCUCCGUUAGCCCCGUUCCUGAGCAGAUGGGCCGACAUCCAGCAAAGAAGAGGAAGCUUCGCGGAAGGAUGGGUUGAAGGAAGACUUGUGCAACAAACAGAGGAGGAGAAAAAAAAGGAAAAACUUUCUUGGUGUGUUGGAGGAAUUUCGGAACAGCAGCUGGAAAGAAAAGGAGGAACACGUUUGGAGAGCAGUGGCCUGGCUGGAGAUUUGUUUCUGGCUUGGGGUUCCUGUCGAGGGAGUUCAUCGUUUGCUGUUCGGUUUUGGGAGUCGAAUCUUUGGAAAUUUGCACUGCAGUUACACUGUAGCUUGUUAUAAAAGGGGAAGACCUAUGCUUCUAUUCCAUCAUUAUCUGUUCGGAGCUAAGGGCCUGUUUGGUGUGGAUUAUUGGAGCUUCAGCUUUUGGACACUAUUCAUGUCUCAUGCAUUUAAAUUUCCCUCUCAAAAACUUACACUUUUAAAUAUUUUUUUAACCUCAAAAAGCUCUUAAACAGUAAAAGCUCAAAAGUUUCAAAUCCAAACUUUUCAUAAACUCUCUUUUUACUUACUUUUCACUUACUUUUUCACUUUUCUAAAAGCUAAAGCUCUAUUUUCCCUCCAAUAAAAAUUUAAACUUAUCACUCAUAACAGUACUAAAAAAGCUAAAGCUCCUACCAGCCACACCAAACAGGCUCUAAAUUAACAAGGCUUUACAUAUUUUGCAAAAUGGUGCAGUAAAAAGCUACAUUUAUGGGGCAAAAUGUGCAACAAUAAAGCUGCUUCAAUGGACGAAAGAAAAUGCAGCAAUUGAUGCAUUAUGGAAGGAAAUGAAAUGCAAAUGCAAAUGGAGGCUACAAAUUAAUUAACAAAACUGAAACAUUAAUGUGAUAGUUUUCAAUGUACUUUUUUAUGUUAGUUUAUGCAUUGCAAUCCUCGAUUUAAAUGUUACAAUAGAUUUUGUAGAAAAUAUAUAACCAUAGGGAAGGUAGGUGAAAAAUACUAUUUUUAUGUUGAAUUUUCUGCUAUAAAUGGGCAAACAUGUUAAUGGAAAUAUGAGAGAGUUGGAAAGCAAAUUCUCCUUCCUUUUUGGGUUGGGUGAAUGUCCUGCACCCUUCCUUGGUUAUGUAAAGAAGAUAUUGGAGAUUAGAUUGGAUCAACAAUUACUGUAUAAAGUUGCACGAGGCAAUAUUAGCCGUGAACACUUGGAAAAAGAAUUGGAAAAUGUCCAAGACCCAAUUGGACGUCCAUUACUGGACAUUGUUGAUCAAUUGACCCCCGGUGGGAACUCACUCCUUCGUGCAGCUGCACGCUCUGGUAGAAAAGACAUAACUAAAUAUCUGGCUGAAAAGUUUCCCCACCUCAUUUUUCAAACAAAUUAUGCUGGUGAUACUGUACUUCAUUCUGCUGCUAAAGCUGGAAAGGCAGAGACGAUCGAAGUUCUUCUCCAAUUUUAUACUAAUCCCACAUCAAGCUUGACAGACGGUGUUCCCCUGCUGAGGAUGAAGAACGUAGAAGGAAACACUGCUCUGCAUAAGGUUGUGAUCCAGUACAACUUUGCUGCCAACUAUGACAAAAGGGAGAGUUACUGUGCUGUCAUAGCAAGGAUGGUUUCUAUAGACCCUCAACUAGCGUACAUUGCUGACAAAGAGGGAAAAUCUCCCUUAUGCUUGGUUGUUGAAACCACUGAUUUGAAGAUUGUUCAGUGUCUCUUGGAAUAUCCUCUGCUUGUAGUUGCGGAUUGCCAACAACUACCCGAAGGAAAGUCUCCGGUGCAUGCUGCCAUUAAGUUGAAGUUAAAGAAUAAUGAUCUGUUGAGUUAAAUGCUACAUAGAAGGCCAAAGUUAAUAGACUCAACAAAUGGGA